GAUUUAUCAAACGCGAAUUUUACAAUUGCUAGCCUACAGUGUGAGCUUUGAAGAUUAUUUUUAUGUUCAUAGGAGGCGGAUUCACUUCAUUCCGUCAUGUGCUCCAGCCCACCGAACCAAAAUAUUCCAGCAUUAUUUAUUUCACCGUUCCCCUCUCGCAACAUCCUCUUCGACUGCAAGAGACGUCCAAAGCACAGAGAAAAUAAGAAAAUACACCACCAAUCUCGGACAAAUGUUUUGUUGCGUGUUUGUAGACAUGUCGUUUAUACUGAAGGCGAGCCAGCUGUUUUGCAGAGAGCGCUGGUGAGAAAUCAGAAGUCAGCAUCAUCCAGGAUGUCUCUGAUGUUUGGGAAAGCAAGAACGUGCAACAUAGUCACAGUUCCUGAGCAUGAGCCCUCGGAGUGUAACAUAGUGAUUUUGGGAGCUAUGGGAUCUGGAAAGUCAGCACUUACUGUGAAAUUCCUCACAAAGCGCUUCAUCAGUGAAUAUGACCCAAACCUUGAAGAUACUUACUCUUCAGAAGAAGUUGUGGACCAGCAGCCGGUUAUAGUCAAAGUGAUGGACACGGCUGAUCAGGAUGGACCAGUCAACUGUGAGCGCUAUCUAAGCUGGGCCAAUGCUUUCAUCAUUGUCUACAGCAUUGACAACCAGAAUAGCUUUCAGGCCUGCCAACAGUACAUAGAGACUGUGACCCUUUACUCAAAAGGCCUGCAGCCAGACGCUCCUGUCAUUCUUCUAGGCAACAAAGUGGACAUGGAGAGAUACAGACAGGUGAGCAAGGAAGACGGUGCAGCACUGGCCUCGCGGUUCGGCUGCCGGUUCUUCGAAGUUUCCGCCUGCUUGGACUUCCUUUCCGUUCAGCACAUCUUUCAUGAAGUCGUUCGGGAAGUGAGGCGAGAGACCGAUAGGAGUAUCCGUCCGCUCUUCAUCAGCGAAGACAAGUCCGCGAUCAGCCUGUCCUCAGCUCCUCCACUCACCGCCUGCUAUAAAGAGCUGCCCACUCCAGCCACCGCAAAGCUGGUUACGGUGAAGUCCUCCAGAGCUCAAAGCAAACGCAGAGCCCCCACGCUUACACUGCUCAAGGGCUUUAAGAUCUUCUGAUGUGAUGCUGCCCUCUUCUGAUACUGGAGAGGAUCUACCAGAGGGAACGCUUGUCUUGAUGUUAUUUAACAGGACCCUGAAGGAGAACAACGUCUCUCGCAUACUUGAGAAUGCAGUAACUGUAUGAGAAUGGACAAUGUAUUAAGUAUAGCCUAUCAGAGCUCAAAUUAAUGUCUUUGUUAGCACUUCUAAUAUAAUUUAGUUGAUUUUUUUGUUUUUUUUGCACCACUUCUUGCAUUUUAUUGUGAUAAAAACAAUUUCCAUUUUAAAUUACAAGGAUUCAUUGGGGACAUUUUAUUUUUUUACACAGCAGAAUAUAAAACCUAAUUAUGCACAGAAUUCCAAAGAAAGUUUCAGGAAAUAAACACAUGUAUCUGUGUUUGUUCUUGUUAAACUGUAAAAAAAAAAGUUUUUAAUAUUGAUUAAACACAUUAUAAUUA